AUGGGUGAACGAACGGUAUCGAGUCAUGGAUACAAACCCUCGGGAAAAGAUGGCGACUUUGUUUUGCUCGACUACGAUUACAUCCGACAGUGUAUAAGUAAACAACAGAUUAUAGAGCUGACAUUCACAGACAAUGCAAUCUUGAAACAGCAGGCAGAGAACAAUGUUUCGUUCAUCGAUAAACUACUGGAUACAACGGACUUUGACAGUGACGAUGAAGAUGAGCAGCAGCAACAGCAACAACAAGACGAACAACUCACACCAAACAACACUAAUACACCGCCAUCUCCACCGACUCUAUCGCCAACAUCAUCCACUCUUCAACUGCUGCCAUCUGUAUCGACGCUGGGUAUUCAACAUCAGUUGGCGUCGGCAAUGGGCGGUAGACGUCUACCGAUUACCAAGGUGAAUCGUCUGUUUAGAGUGAAGGUGGUUGGCAUUCGUAAUAUCAAUAUUCAGAGGAAUGAAGAUGCAAAAGCAAAGUUUGUCGAUAGACAACCACAUGGAUUCAUUAUGGUGGAAUUGUAUCACGGUGGCCAAUUGAUCUCGAAUCCAGUGUUCACACCGAAUGUCCCCCUGACCAACUUUGACACUUUCAACUUCCCCGAUUGGGAGCGUGACGUUUGGAUUCCCUUUAACAUUUCCAUUCGUUCGCUGCCACGCGCAACUCGUGCUUGUUUCACUUUUUAUGUUUCCACCGAAGGUGUUCCCGAUAUUUCCGAUGGCUCCAAAUCGAUUCCACUCGGUUGGGCCAACUGUCAGUUGAUCGACCACAAAGGAUGUCUUCGUACUGGACCAGUCGCUUUUCGUCUGUGGGACGACGGUAGAGCCAAUCCCAUUGGAACAUGCAUCGACAAUCUCUCAGCGAAAACACCUACUGUCCUCUUGGUGGAAUUCGAGACAUUUGUUAAACCCGUCAUUUUCGUGCCACACUACACCGACGGUCAACCGUCGAUAAACUCACCCUCGAGAAAGAUGGACGUUGCCGAUGCCCGUAAAUUGAAUAGCUUAAUGCAAUCCGAUCCACUUGUAACACUGACACCUGAAGAUAAAAAGCUGAUCUAUCAAUCGAGACACAUCUAUACCUCGGUUCCAAAGUCACUGUCCAAGUUCUUGAUGUCUGUCAAUUGGGUGGAAGUCGACCAAACACUUGAAGCCUAUCGAUUGUUGAAUGAAUGGGCAUCACUCAAACCAGUUCAAGCGCUCGAGUUACUCGAUGCCAAGUUUUCAGAUAGCAAUGUUCGAUCGUAUGCCAUUAGAGCACUGAACAAGUUUACCGACGCCGAGUUCUCUGACUAUUUGUUGCAGCUCGUUCAGGUACUCAAGUACGAGCCAUACCACCGAUCGGAUCUCACAGGCAUUCUGCUACAGCGUGCACUUUCCAAUCGUUCGAGAAUCGGUCAUCCAUUCUUUUGGUUCUUAAAGGCCGAGUUGGAUACUCCAGAGAUUGAAGAGCGUUAUGGUUUGCUAUUGGAAGGUUAUCUUCGUAGUUGUGGAUCGUAUCGUCAAGAACUCACCAAACAAGACAGUGUCAUCAAUCAACUUCUCAUCGUUGCCAACAGUGUCAAAGCAGCACAUUCCAGCGCAGACAAAAAGAAGGCACUCACUGAUGGAUUAUCCAAGUUGAAACUACCAGACAGAUUCCAACUUCCACUCGAUCCAAGAUGGGAAGCAAAAGGUUUAAUUGUUGAAAAAUGUAGAUAUAUGGAUAGUAAGAAAUUACCACUUUGGUUAGUCUUUGAAAAUGCUGAACCAUAUGCAAAACCAUUGACUGUUAUUUUCAAGGUUGGUGAUGAUCUUAGACAGGAUAUCUUGACAUUGCAAGUCAUUAGAAUUAUGGAUAAGAUAUGGAAGAGUGCAGGACUGGAUCUUAGACUGCAGCCAUACAAGUGUGUUGCCACUGGAGACGGUGUAGGUAUGCUCGAAGUCGUUUUGAAUGCUAAUACCAUUGCCAAUAUCAACAAGGAUGCUGGUGGAACUGGUGCUAUUCUCGAGGAAAAGACACUGGUCAAUUGGCUCAGAGAAUGCAAUCCAACCGAAGCUGAAUACAACAAAGCCGUCGAGACAUUCAUUCUAUCGUGUGCCGGUUAUGUAGUUGCCACCUACGUUCUUGGUAUUGGAGAUAGACAUGCCGAUAAUAUUAUGAUGACAAGAGCUGGUCAUUUAUUCCAUAUUGAUUUUGGUCAUUUCCUUGGAAAUUAUAAAAAGAAAUAUGGAUUCAAGAGAGAAAGAGCACCAUUUAUUUUUACACCACAGUAUAUGGCGAUUGUAGGUGGCAAGGAUAGUGAUAACUUUAAUUUCUUUGUACAAACUUGUUGCCUUGCCUAUAAUACAUUGAGAAAGCACACCGAUUUAUUUAUUAACCUUUUCCAACUUAUGUUAAGUACUGGUAUUCCUGAGCUUCAACAUGAAGAUGAUAUCGACUAUCUCAGAAAUGCAUUGGCCCCAGACUCGUCAGACACAGUCGCAGCCAAAGAGUUUACCAAUAAUAUUCAUGUAGCCCUUAACACAAAGACUGUUUUAUUGAACGAUAUUUUCCACAAUUGGGCACAUUAA